AUGACUGGCGCCGUGCCUCGCGGCAUUCUGUCCGCAGCCAUAUCGUUACUCUUACUCGCAGCCGUUGCGUCUGCGCAGCAGAUCUGCCCGUUCACAGGCAAGCCCCCAACGAAGCCCGCGAAGCCGCUGUACCGAUGCGUGGCGGAGAGUGAGCUCGCGUGCUGCUCCGCGUGCGACGACUGGGUCACCGCGGCGACGGUGCUCGGACAGAACGGAACGAGAAUUCUGUCGACGCUCUUCUCUCCAGGCACCACAUUUGAAGCGCUGGACAAGUUCAAAGCCACGCCGUUUUGCGGGUUCCUCGCAGGCGGGAGCGACACGUGUCUGCAGCUGAUUGAGGGGCUAUACUGCGCCAUCAUGUGCGACGCGGGCGCGAGCAAGUACCUUUCCGUCGAGCUCGCGCCGUCGGGGAAGCUCGGGGACAGCAACGGCACGAUCCGCAUCUGCAACGACUUCUCCAACCGCAUUUACGACGCGUGCCAGUCGCUCAGCUUUCCUGGCGUCGCGCUCACCAUUGCGAGCCUCAUUAAGAACCCCGCGGUAUGUGCCGCAGCUACUGCCGAUUAA